AUGUAUCUUGACCCGGACCCGCCCAAACCACAGAAUCAGCAGAAACCCCAGGAAAACAACAAGACCACCAUCGCCAAAACCAACACCAACACCACGCAAUCCGCCAUGGACGCGCCGCGACGAAAACCACGAGCUCCCCUCUCGCCGAUAAUCCGACAACGAGCGGAGCGAUUCGAGUCAUUAUCCAAUGAACAUCUCCCCGGAGAAUAUCUCCCCGUACCUCCGUCGACGGUUCGGCUGGUGUCGACAUCACCUUCUCCGGAAACAACGCCUUCGACAACACCCUUGAGAGUUCAACCACCGAUACGAAGCAAGAGAGAUCGCGAGGGAAAUGUGAGACCGGUGACACCUCCUCGCUCGCAACCGCAACCGCAACCCCCUCCACCUCAGUCAGCAGUGUCGGGUAGGGAGACUAGCGUGUCAGAGGCUCGUCUGGGAAUUUCGGCAGAGGGUCGGGAGGAGGAAGAUGUUUCAGAUAUACCUGCUUGGACAACCAACAAGCCGCAGAUUACGGAGCAUGCCUCCAGUUUGACCCUAGUCCCCAAUGAUAGCGGCCAUGAACUACCCAAACUACCUUUUCAACAACCCUUGGAUCAGGAUGACUGGAGUUUGUCCACGCCGUCCGCCGACUAUUCCCGCCAUUCCACUUUGAAUGAGAGUGAAUAUACCCAGAGGAAUCAAUCCAAUCGGUUUAGUAGUGUCGGCGCCGCUUCCACCCGCACCUUCACCCCCUCGACGGAUAUUGAUCUGGAUGACAGUCGAGACUUUGACAAGCAGCCUCACCAUCAUCCUCAAUCUACAGGGUCGGGCCCUGUCAACACGUUUGACAUACCCGCUCCGAGACUGUCAAUCUUGUCAACCGUGCGGGAAGUGCCACCCAGCGACUCAUCCUCGACCGAACGACCACCUUCCGACACUUCAUCCGACCUGCCAUCGUCGGAGCCCGCAACGCAGAUCGUUCGUCGUAGAAGUUUGAAGCGUGCAUAUUCCACGGGAUCAUUGAGGAGGUCUCCCAGUUUUGCAAACCUGCGAGAAGUCAGCACUUCCCCCUCCCCCAGCAGUCCUCACGAUUCACGACCAAAUUGGGGUGCAAUUUCGUUUGAAGCGCCCACCUCUUCACCCAAUUUUGUCUCCUACAAUUCGGGGCAUUCGCAUACCUCAUCCUCCUCUCCCACCCGAAAGGGUCCUGCUAUUCAUAGCGCACACUCUAUCGAAUCCAUCUCCGACCAGGGAGGUUCGCCCAACUUUCGCUCCUACGGCUCCGAUUCCAUCCACUCCAGUCCCGCGCAUUUCAUCAACACUGCCACUUCUAUUGAGUCGAUUAAUUCGAGAUUACAACAUUCAUUGAAUCCCAGCAGUUCGUGGGCUUCACUAAAUGAGGAUAAGGAUUCCCUUCCUCCGUUGAAUAUUCCCAAGAAGCGAGGCAAACAAACAUACGCCCUCCCCCCAACAUCCGCACCCACCUCCGCACCCACCUCCGCGCCGACAUCCACCCCAAUCUACACAUCCUUCACCCCGACACCCGCCGCUCCACUCUUCGACCACUCCGCAUUCGCAGGGGUAGGACCUUCCUAUGUUGCCGGAGAAAUGGACGAAGAGAUUGAUACCCUUCCCUACCCGAAGCGGCCUUUUAGCAGUCAUCUCAGCACCAUUGCGAGUGAGAGUGAUCGUCACAGCCGAUCGGCGAGUCAUCAUCUCAGUCGACUGAGUCACUUUUCUUUGGGAAGUGGGGUGAUGACCGGGGAUGAGGAUAGUUUUGUCGCCACAUCUCCCACGCUUGCUGAAAGAAGGAGGAGGGAUGUUCCUACAGAUUCCCUCGUCUCACAGGCCGCUUCAUCCGCUUUUGAGGAAGAUGCCGGGGAAAUGUCCACAUACCGGGAGGCGUCUGCCAUCCCGCAACCUCUCUUCCGCGCGGGCCAACCCACGAUGCUUCAUAAUUCGAAAAAGUAUAAUGGUCCUCUUCCCCCUCUUCCGCCCAUCCCAUUCAGCGCGAGUAAUGAGGAUAUCGACACGUUAUCUGCACUCCCUUCCCCCAGCUUGAAGACGUCCAAAUCCAGCCGAAGUUUGAAGCACACCCGCAGCAAAAGCACUCCAUCCCACUCCCGCCAACCCAGCCAGAUCAGCAAUGCCGACUCCACGAACCGACACAGUGCAGGAAGCAGCAUUUUCCCCACCUGGGCGAAGCAAUACUACACGGGGAAUGCAGCGUUGAAGAGUAAAAUCUCCCUCCAAAGUCUCCACGGAGAGCCAUCCCGCAGUAACAUCCACUCCCGGCACGCACGGAAUGAAAGUUCCUGGACAGACCGCAGCAUCACCAGUCGUUUGGGGACGGGAUACAGCCAUAUGGAAAACGUCAGUCCCGUGAGCAGCCACUUCCUUCCUGCAAUCUUCCGAUCAGACAAAACCCGCCCCAAGCACGAACGACCGCGAUCCCCUCAAAAGAGCCUCAAGAGUGUAAAAAGUCUCAAAUCCGUCUUUAGCAUCAAAUCCCGUCCCACACCUCCACACCCUCAUCAGAGAAACCACUCCAUCCCAGACUCAGACAUCAUGUCCAUUCGUCCGGAUCCUCUCAACUACCACCCGAAUGAUAGUUAUGAAGAAGAAGAAGUCCUCCCUUCCGGCCAUCGAAAAUGGGGCAAACUCAAAGGUGAAGAUCCUCUGGAAACCAACAACCACCGUCCCAAACGUCUGCCACGGAAAUACUCCAAACAACGCCUCUGGGAUACCAUGGAAUUCCCCCGUCCGAUGACGAAAGAUCGCAUGAGCGAUAAUAAUUCCGUCUCCGCCCUUCCUCCUCUCCCUCCUCAUCUAGGAAAAAGCGGCCGUGCGAGCCAGAGGAGUUUGAAUGUCUAUGAAACCCCUUCAUUUGUGGAGAGUCUCGACACAUUAUUCAAAUCGAGAGGAAACCGCCAAAUUCUCUGUUUUGUCUUGGGGUUUGUCAUGCCGUUGUUUUGGAUGUUGGGGGCUGUUUUACCACUUCCGGAAAUUUCUUCUUCCCCGAGGAGGGGUGAGGAUGAGGAGAAAGGGGAGAUGGGGAUGGGGGAGAUGGAUGGAGGUGGAGGAGGAGAGAUAAUUGCUGGGGAUGUGAGGGUCGGGGAUAUGGAGCGGUGGAGAGAGGAGAGAUGUUGGGCUAAAGCUAGGUGGUGGAGGGUGUUGAAUCGGGUGAUGAGUAUUGUGGGGUUGGGGGUUAUUGCUGCUGUUAUUGCUCUCGUCGUCGUAGCGACGACUUGA